AUACAGUUAAAUUAAACCACAUCAACUAGCUGUGAUGUGUUAACCUAUUUAAAAACCACUUGCAUUUUUAACAUUUUCAUACUGCACCAAGUACCCCCUGACAUCGAGAGGCGAAGUCUCAUUCGGCAAUAGAAUAGACGACUAACUGUUUCCGGUGUAGGGUCCUGUAGCGUCUGUUGCAUAGAAACUGGUAGAAGUGCUUAGAAAGAAGGGAUGGAAUGAGUUAGCGUCGUAAAAUUAAACAUACAGUAAAUAGAGCACAUAUGCGUCAGUAAAAAAAAUAAAAUAAAAAAAAGAGAGAAAUGUCAAUCAGUCUUAGCGGUCUAAUAUAAGUUAAUAUUUUUGCAAGUUAAAAUACAGCAGCGAUUAUAACAUCAACUUCAGUGAAAGUGAAUGGCGUAUUAGGGUUCAUUUUUAUUUAGUACUUUUUUUUUUACAAGCGUUGUCGGUAAUUAAGUCUGUUCAUAAUGCUUUUUUUAUAGAUUAGUUUAUUCGUCAGUAAGAUUAUAGGAAACACUGAAUUUGAUACAACAAGUACAGAAAGUAUCGAGGCAUGGCAGGGGAUGCUACAAAUCUUACUGAUCUGGACCAGGACAAAUAUGAUGCAGAUGAACAAGUUAAAAUCAUAUGCUUGGGAGACAGCGCUGUUGGGAAAUCUAAGUUAAUGGAGAGAUUCCUGAUGGACGGAUAUCGCCCUCAGCAGCUCUCUACCUACGCACUGACACUUUACAAGUAUACCACCACUAUCAAUGACAAAACUGUUUUAGUUGAUUUUUGGGACACAGCUGGACAGGAGAGGUUUCAGAGCAUGCACCCCUCAUAUUAUCACAAGGCACAUGCAUGUAUCAUGGUGUUUGAUGUUCAGAGGAAGAUAACAUAUAAAAAUCUCACUAACUGGUACAAAGAACUGAGAGAAUGUCGCCCAGAGAUCCCCUGUAUAGUUGUUGCAAAUAAAAUAGAUGCUGAUUUGAAGGUUACCCAGAGGAAUUUUAACUUUGCUAAGAAGCAAGGGCUGCCAUUGUAUUUUGUCUCAGCAGCAGAUGGGACCAAUGUAGUAAAGCUGUUUAAAGAUGCAAUUAAACUGGCAAUUUCCUAUAAACAAGAUUCAAGUGAUUUCAUGGAUGAAGUCAUGCGUGAACUAGAGAAUUUUGAACUAGAAACAAAAGAGGAUUUAUCUGAUAAAGAAGAUGAGAACUCAAAGGAGGAGAAGUCCAAAUCCAGUUAGUUUCAGCUAGAAGUUAAUUACAUUUAAAUUAUCUAGAGGUCC